AUGCCUACAGAGUCAUCACUUGGGGAUCGCACUAUUCAGAUAUCAAAUUUUAAGCCACUGAUGCUGCCCCCAUCACCAUCCUGUACAACACCUGCCAAUGAUGAUCCCGACCUCUUUUUUAAUGAUGGCCGCGACUUGUGCUAUCUCAGACUGGUCUUUGCCCUCGCAGGAAAUUCCAACUGGCACCCCCAUUUGUUUAGGGACUGCCACAUAGAUUGGUGCAUUAGCAUGAUUCCGCAGUACUGCAAUGCCAGCUACUACGAGCAUCCAUUUUUCACAUCAGUUACGUCGCUCGAUUCUGUUACUGAGCAGCAGUGGUGGGACAUGAUGAGAAGCGUGUGGAUCUAUCCUCGCUAUGACAUUGACAAUGCACGCACUUUCAAGCUUCUUCUUGUCUUUGUGAAUUGCACAAAGAAAUAUAUGCAGAUUGCUUCGAAAUCUGAUCUCGAGCAGCUCAUUGAAAAUGUAGAUGAGUUUGUGGAAAGGUUGGAGCAGGACAUACGAUGGAAGAGGCGACUACACGAGAUAGGACAGGAGACACAAGAUUUAGAGCAGGGAGAGGGGGUCAUCUUUACUGCAAAGGAGUUGAGGACUACAGCCAGCAACAUGAUGGUGGAGAGCUUUGAGAAAGUCACGGGUAGUGUCAUGCUAUCUCUGACUUGGUACACGCUUGUCAAGCGUGAGGAACAAUGGGCAUGGGAUGCAAAUAUCUGGGAGACCAGAAUCGAAGUGUCGACUGGGGCAGGGGAGGUUGUUCCACGGGAACAAAACUAG